AAUUAUUAUUGACAGCUACACUUUAAGGUCAAGCAAGUUCAUUAUAAAAAUAUGCGGUUGCAUCCGAUGAUUUAAUUAAUGACGAGCACGAUAUUGUAAUCAGUGUAUUAUUGUGAUUCAUAAUGGACACAAGCAAAACAUUUACCGUAUUUCUACUUAUUUGCAUUCACGUGUCAAUGCAAAUGCCACAAAGCAUAACGACUUCCACACAAGCAACAACCACUACGAAAGCAAAUGGCACAGUGACACCAUUAUCUUGUAUAACUGGGAAAGGCGACGCCGGCGUGUGCACGCGGCGGGAGUUCUGCGACUACGGCACACGAGCUAUCGACUUCACGUUAUACGCUAAACAUACUUAUAAAAAUGUUUGCACGAGUGAAGAGACUUGCUGUCCUGCUUCUUCAAUAAUCCAAAAUACAGCGUCCGAUUCAGCUUCAGAUUCGGGAAAUUCAGAUGGUGACAUGUGAUAAUUAUUUUUUAAUGAUAUAACAUCAUAGGAUCAUCAUAAU